AAAACGUUGCCUGUGUGAACCAGACGUAAGACUGGUAAAAUGUCAAAAUUUACAAAUACUACGGUUUUGUGACGUCAUUUUUUGUUUGUUAUAAAACAGUAUUCAUUGACAAGACAUAUGUAAAGUAAAGGGGGAAUUGAGCCAACAAUUGAAAGAAAAAUAAAUACAACAAUAUAUUCAGUUAUCUCUUCACAAAUAAUGGCUUCGUUGUUUAUGAGAUAAAAAAGGGCACAACAGUUUUUCACAUAAAACAGUCCACUUCGAUUGAGUUUUGUUCGAAAUUGUGAUUUGAUAUUUAUAUAUUUAUUUAUCAAAAAAAUAAUGUCGUACAAUAAUUACACGGGUGAUAUCGUACAUUUGAAUGUCGGUGGGAAAAAGUUCUCAACAUCGCGACAAACUUUAACCUGUAUACCCGAUACAUUUUUUACAGCAUUGCUCAGUGGCCGAAUUUCAAGUCUGCGUGACGAGGGUGGAGCCAUUUUUAUUGACCGUGAUCCAACAUUAUUUGGAAUUAUUUUAAAUUAUUUACGCACACGUGAUAUUGAUAUCAAACAAUGUGAUUUAAGAAUAUUACGACAUGAGGCCGAAUAUUAUAACAUUUCACCAUUGGUACGACGAUUGAUUUUGUGCGAAGAUCUAAAUCAUUCAUCAUGUGGCGAUGUUUGGUUUUAUGCACAUUUGACACCGCCCGUGGUUCCCGGACAAGACAUAAGUGAAACGACGACAUUGGCAAUGACAUCAACAACACAAACAUCUACUACAAUGAGUCAGGCUUCAACAUCAUCUUCGGUUGAAACAAAUGUAUCACAAGCAUCGGCCACGCCUUGUUCGGCCAAUCAAGAACCAUUCACGGCUACAGUUGCAACCGCUCCUGUUACUCUAGCAUCUGGAAGUAUGAUUAAUGCUCGACCAGGCUCAAUGGUUCGCGUUCCAGAAAUUGCCAAUGGACGAAGUGUUGUAUAUUCACAUUAUCGCCAACGAGACGAAUUUGAAGGUCAACGCGAUGAAUUUGGCCAACGUGAAGAAUAUAAUUUGCAAAGAGACAGUUCGUUUAACAGUAUAAAUAAUGCAUCAUCAUCUCGUCAUUCGGGUCAUUCGCGUAAUUCUUCUUGGGAUCUUCGAUCGUACAAUGGAAACACGGCACAGCGAAAUGCCCAAGGAUGGAAUGCAUCGGCACAUUCACGAACCGCAUCAUUAGAUAUGCGACAUUCAAGAAAUUCAUCGGCUGAUCUCAACAAGAUAAUUCGCAAUGAUGUUGGCCUCGUUUUUAAUCCACAUCAACAAUCGACCGGUUUCUAUGACCCACUUCGUGUACAAAUAAUCAAGGCACAUCAUAAUUGGAUUUCAGCCGCAUAUCCACACUUUGUCACAUGUUAUCGUUUGAAAGAUUCGUCUGGCUGGCAAUUGGUAUUCACGUCACCGUACAUUGAAGCAACCAUUGAACGUUUAGCGAUAAAAGUGAAUUUUUCGAAUGCAAAUGAAAAAACUCAAAGCAAAAUGGUGGCCAUUUCGUAUGGCAACCAAAUUCGAUUGUGGCGCGUAUCAGACGAUGGAAAUAAAAGUGAUGUGGGCAUAUUCAAUUUAAAUGUUCGUGUUGAAUAUUUAUUUUUUAUCGGCAAUCAAUUGGUGGCACUGUCAUCAUCUGGUAAAAUUGGUGUCUGGCAUGCGAUGACACAACAUUGGCAAAUCCAAGAUCUAUGCCCAAUUUUAGCAUUUGAUACGGCUGGCUCGUUUUUGCUAUUAGGAUGUAAUAAUGGCAGCAUUUAUUAUAUAGAUAUGCAAAAAUUUCCACUGCGAAUGAAGGACAAUGACUUAUUGGUCACUGAAUUAUACAAAGAUCCAACACUUGAUCACAUUACCGCCAUAUCUGUGUAUUUAACACCAAAAACCACAACACCGGACAAAACGAAAGAAGGUCUGUGUGGCAAUUGGAUUGAAAUCGCAUAUGGUACACGCUCUGGCAGUGUACGGGUUAUUGUUCAGCAUCCAGAAACGGUUGGACAUAGUCCACAAUUAUUCCAAACAUUUACUGUUCAUCAAAGUCCCGUUACCAAAGUAAAAUUGUCGGAAGAGUUUUUGAUAUCUGUGUGCAGCGAAUAUAAUCAUGUGAGAACAUGGCGUGUACCACGAUUUCGAGGAAUGAUUUCAACGCAACCCGGCUCUACGCCAGAAGCAUCAUUCAAGAUUGUUUCGUUGGAAUCAACUGACAGUGCGUACAGCUAUUCAGCUGGAAAUGAUUUCGGACCGUUCGGAGAACAAGAUGAUGAGCAAGUGUUUGUACAAAAAGUAAUACCGGAAACAGAUCAACUGUAUGUCCGUUUGGCAUCAAAUGGUGAUCGCGUCUGUGUAAUCAAAUCAAUUGAUGGAUCGACCAUAACAUCGUUUUGUGUACAUGAAUGUGAAAAAUCAUCUCGCAUGGGAUCGAUGCCACGGCGUUUCAUUCUAUCUGGUCACAGUAAUGGAGCCAUUCAAAUGUGGGAUCUAACCACAGCUUUAGAAUUUAUUCAAAAGAAAGAAUCAGCAGUUCAAUCGGUUGGAGGUGGACCAACGCCAGAAGAACUAAUUCAAUUGUUGGAUCAAUGCGACAUCAGCAAUAGUCUAUGCUCAACACCGUGUAUGUCACCUUGCCUCUCUUCCAUGUCAUCCAACACAAUAACUAGGCUAAAGGCAUCGAACGUUGCAUUUUUAAAUCAAGUUCACAACACUGAGUAAUUCAAAGCAAUUUAAUACAUAAUUUGUUAAUUCUUGCGAUCAAA